AUGGAGCAUUGUCCGGGUCUGGGAACCUCGAAAGGAGGUCGUCCUAGAAUGUUGUCUGAAGCCGGCAAGCGCUAUUGUGUUCGAAAAGUAACCAAGGAGCGGGUUUCAAGCGCCGCCAGGGUCACAAAAAUGUUGGAGAAAGAUUUCCAGAUGAAGGUUUAUCCGGAAACCGUUCGUAGAGCACUCCGCACUGCGGGCUUAGGGGCUAUCAAGAACGAAAAGAAGCCUUUGCCUAGUGACACUAACGACAAGAAGAGACUUGCGUGGUGUAAGCAGCAUAAAGACUGGACUGUUGACGACUGGAAACGUGUUAUUUGGACAGACGAGACCAAAAUUAACCGUUUCAACUCAGAUGGGCGACAGUGGGCCUGGAUUCGAUCUGGUGAACAGCUUCAAAACCACCAUGUCAAGCUCACGGUAAAACACCAUGGUGGUAGUAUCAUGCUUUGGAAUGCCAUUAUUUAUGCUGGUAUUGACGAAUUGGAGCAGACUAUCACUUUUUCCAUCGAGAAAUUGGGCUUCCGCCGUGAACAAGUGAUAUUCCAGCAAGACAAUAAUCCCAAACCACUACGGCCCAACUGA